UCAAUAAUUGCUCAGAUUACUGCAUGGCUCACUGCAUGGGAGGUGGGUUUAUGCAUACACGUUGAAAUUGGAUUAUAAGGUGGCUUGGAGUUUGGUAGCAACUAUUCAGUUUAUUAUAAAAAUAAUUCGAACGUUAAUGCGUCGGAAGGCUACGAAAAGCUUGUGAAUUAUAACGGAAAACUUGUUGCGACGAAGAAAGCUAAAUAAUACACAUAUCACAAUGGGAUCAGUCUCCAGAGUCAAGGCACCUGUGGGGACGGCGUUGGUCGGCUGGGGAUCAUCAAGGCGAGAGAUUCAACGUCUACUGCAAUGUGCCAGAUGUGCCGACCUCUCGGCUGGAGGCGACUUUCAGUACACUUGUGCGACUGGGCACGUCAUUUGCGACUCGUGCGGAAGCCAAAUGGCAUCAUGUUGUUACCAGGAUCCGUCAAGUGGGAGUUUAUGCCGUCAAAUAAUUGCCAGGCUUAAGAUUACAUUUUCUCAAAAGAAGAUGAUCGAGAUCUGUAAGAGUUUGACCUCCACGCUGCCUAAAGUGGUCGAGGUCAACAAGAAGGAAAACGACCCAGAGCCAGAAAUCCCAGUUUUGCCCGUAGAGUCAAUCAAAUCCUAUGAAAAAGAUGAAGAUGAAGGAUCAAAGGACGAUGUUGGCUGCCAGAACAAGUCAGAAAAUUCAGCUUCAUUGCCACAAACGCUCAAACAAGGUGUGGGGCUGGCUGAUAUAAUUCCAAGGCCAUUAUAUCCAGGAGAAAAUCCAGAGUCGGCAAGUCAUUGGGAUGAAAUGCACGAAGAGAGCGGCAUCACGGCGCCUCAAAUGGACCAAGAAGACCACAAAGAUGAUUCCAGUCACUCGUCUUCAGUGUCCACAUGUGACUCAUCACCGGAAGAAAAGCAACUUGGUGUCCCUGUUCCGACGGAGACUGAAUUGGCGAAGGACGAGUCCUCAAACCCGGAUUCCUUAGAUUAUGAGGAAAAUACGAUUCGGCUUGAUAUUAAACACCUUGAACACCAAUUGGAAUUCCUCGGCGGCUGGAGCUCGGCGGAUGAGAAAAAAGAAAUGGAUAAAAUGGAAGAAGUCUGUCGUGGGAUGUCUCGUGGCGAGUGGAGGAUUUGGUAUCGUCGCCAUCUGACUAACAUUUUGGAGGCGAGACUUCGCGAGUCCAGGGGUCCCAAGGCUACGUGGCCAUGUAACUCUAAGCCUUGUACAUAGCUCAAGUUGGCGACGUGGUUUACGACGAGUAAUUUAAAAACAGGAUGCCUCGCUUUUUAUAUGAACUAUAUUUUCGUAUUGUAUUUGAAAAUCGUAGUAUUUAUUUUUUCAUUCUCAUUACGUUUUUGUGACAAUUACAUUGGAAGAAUUUAGCAGAAUUUUAUUGGACGAUUGAUUUUAAGUCAUAUUUAUAAUUUUCAGAGUAGUAAACAUGCAAAAAAAA